GAUCUGACGUCAGCUAGUAGGCAGCGAUCUGUCUCGGUGUGGCCCGCCCCCCGGCUCCCAGCGUUUCUCGCUCUACCUCCCAGUUCCCGAACUCUGCGCCAAGACCAAUCAGCUCGGCGAGGGAAAGGCACCGGAUGAGGCCCGCACGGUCGGGCAUUAUGAAAGACCUCGCCGCCAGCCCUUCCGGUUUGUCAUCCCCCAACCCUCCGGCGCAGGAGGUGAAGGCAGAGGGAGCCAGCAGCAGCAAGAAGAGAAAGCUGCACAGCAGCAGCGCUGACGACUUCGACCCCAUCUCGCCCCCCAGACACUCCAGCAGCGGCUCCAGUAACCACAUCCAGAAGAAGCUGCGGUUUGAGGACACCCUGGACUUUCUGGGACUCGAUGUGAAGAUGGCUGAGGAGUCCCCCUCCUCUUCCUCUGCCCCCCAGCCCCUGAGGAGUAAGAACCUGCUCAUCUCCCCAGUGGUCGCCGGCCACCAUGCCAAUGGCCUCACCAAGGCCUCUCCGGUGUCCAGCUUUGCCAACAGCAAGCCGGGCUCCGCUAAGAAGCUAGUCAUCAAGAACUUUAAAGAUAAACCCAAGUUGCCUGAAAACUACACUGAUGAAACCUGGCACAAACUGAAAGGAGCAGUUGAAGCCAUCGAAAAUAGCACUUCAAUAAAAUACAACUUGGAGGAAUUAUACCAGGCUGUUGAAAACCUCUGCUCUUACAAGAUCUCUGCCAACCUGUACAAACAGUUGAGACAGAUUUGUGAAGAUCACAUCAAAGCACAAAUUCACCAAUUCAGAGAAGAUUCACUGGAUAGUGUUCUUUUUCUAAAGAAAAUAGACAAAUGCUGGCAGGACCAUUGCAGACAAAUGAUCAUGAUUAGAAGCAUAUUCUUAUUCUUGGAUCGAACCUAUGUUCUUCAGAAUUCCAUGCUUCCUUCAAUUUGGGACAUGGGUCUAGAUCUAUUUAGAAACCACAUAAUCAGCGAUCAGAAAGUUCAGAACAAAACCAUUGACGGCAUUCUUCUGUUAAUUGAGAGGGAAAGGAAUGGGGAAGCCAUUGACAGAAGUUUGUUACGAAGUCUUUUAAGUAUGCUUUCUGACCUGCAAAUUUAUCAAGAUUCAUUUGAGCACAGAUUCUUGGAAGAAACAAACCGCUUGUAUGCAGCAGAAGGCCAGAGGCUUAUGCAGGAAAGAGAGGUCCCAGAAUAUCUCCAUCAUGUAAACAAGCGCUUAGAAGAAGAAGCAGAUCGAGUUAUUACGUAUUUAGAUCAAAGCACACAGAAACCAUUAAUUGCCACAGUCGAGAAACAGCUUCUUGGUGAACACUUAACAUCUACCCUCCAGAAAGGUCUGAAUCACCUUCUGGAUGAAAACCGCAUCCAGGACCUCUCCUUGCUGUAUCAGCUGUUCAGCAGAGUCCGUGGGGGUGUGCAAGUUCUUCUACAGCAUUGGAUUGAGUACAUCAAGGCAUUUGGCAGCACCAUUGUAAUUAACCCAGAAAAAGAUAGAACAAUGGUACAAGAGCUGCUUGAUUUCAAGGACAAAGUUGACCAUGUGAUUGACAUCUGUUUUCUGAAAAAUGAGAAAUUUGUCAACGCCAUGAAAGAAGCUUUUGAAACCUUCAUUAACAAAAGACCAAACAAGCCAGCCGAACUUAUUGCCAAAUAUGUAGAUUCCAAACUUCGAACAGGGAACAAAGAAGCUACAGAUGAAGAGCUGGAGAAGAUGUUGGAUAAAAUUAUGAUAAUAUUUAGGUUUAUUUAUGGAAAGGAUGUGUUUGAGGCUUUCUACAAAAAAGACUUGGCCAAGAGGCUAUUGGUUGGGAAAAGUGCUUCUGUGGAUGCUGAAAAGUCUAUGCUUUCCAAACUUAAGCAUGAAUGUGGAGCUGCCUUUACUAGCAAACUUGAGGGGAUGUUCAAAGAUAUGGAAUUGUCUAAAGACAUAAUGGUUCACUUUAAGCAGUAUAUGCAGAAUCAGAAUGUCCCAGGUAACAUCGAGUUAACCGUAAAUAUCCUCACAAUGGGUUACUGGCCAACCUAUGUGCCUAUGGAAGUUCACCUUCCUCCUGAGAUGGUGAAAUUGCAAGAGAUAUUUAAGACCUUUUACCUUGGCAAGCACAGCGGUAGGAAGCUGCAAUGGCAGUCAACAUUAGGGCAAUGUGUCUUAAAAGCAGAAUUUAAUGAGGGGAGAAAAGAGCUGCAAGUUUCACUCUUCCAAACACUUGUAUUACUAAUGUUUAAUGAAGGGGAAGAAUUCAGUUUUGAAGACAUUAGACAAGCUACUGGCAUAGAGGAUAGUGAAUUAAGAAGAACGCUCCAGUCUCUGGCCUGUGGCAGAGCCAGAGUUCUUACCAAGAAUCCCAGGAGUAAAGAUGUAGAUGAUGGAGACAAGUUCACGUUCAAUGAUGACUUCAGGCAUCAGCUGUUCAGAAUAAGAAUCAACCAGAUUCAGAUGAAGGAAACGGUGGAAGAACAAGCAAGCACUACAGAGCGAGUGUUUCAGGACAGACAGUACCAAAUUGAUGCAGCUAUUGUUCGAAUCAUGAAGAUGAGGAAGACUCUUAGCCAUAAUCUCUUGGUUUCAGAGGUGUACAACCAGCUUAAGUUUCCAGUGAAGCCUGCAGAUUUGAAGAAAAGAAUAGAAUCCUUAAUAGACAGGGACUACAUGGAAAGAGACAAAGAGAACCCCAACCAGUACAAUUACGUUGCAUAAAAUAUAUGCCAGCCUUUAUAUUGAUGGGCACCUAGCGGAUAUUAAAAUUAGCCUGUUGAUCCCAUUGCAUUCACUUUUUACACCAUGGAUAACCGAAUGAAUCCUGUUUAAAGAUGAAAAUGUGAGCAAAUUCUUCCAGCAAUUUGAAAAGCCCUUUUUAAAGAGUACAAUUUACACUUAACAAGAAUGCUGUUGGAACUCUUUCUUUUAUUUUUUCAUUGCAUGUUGUUUAGAAUGAUGUGCAGAGUAUUCCCUGGGUUCUAGUCUGCUGUACGGGAGGAAGAUUAUUAUGUGGUCUCAUGACACCUUUUUCAGCCUCUAACAAAACUAAAAACGAAACCAACAUGGUAUCCUCUGCUCUUUGACGCUGUAUGCAAACUGUUACCACCUAGCCUGCGAAAGGUAUGCACUGUGCACAGGGGCUUGCUCAUUCCCAGGGUCUCAAGCCAUCCAUUAAAACCUAAACUGGAUAUCUGCCAUUUCCUAAAACAAGAGGCACUGUACCUAAAAUCUCUUGUAUCAAAUGGGACCUUAAGUACUAACUCCUAUUGUAACUCUUUAAUGUGUUUGCAGUAGAAAUGUGACUAUUAUCUGAAGUGUGGCUAAUCUGAGACAUAAAUGAGGAAGAUCUGACAUACCUUUUAUUGCAAUUCCGCUAAACACUACAAGCUGCAGUUGCUUGCACUGUAUGCGUUUUUGUAUUUGUUUCCAUGAGUACAUUUUUAGCGCUUGAAUUAGCCUGAACUUUUACUAACAUUGGUGACUUCCUGACUUCACAGGGUCUGGUGAAACCACAAGGCAAAAUGUUUGACUAUUAGAUCAGUUGCUUUUAUAAAGGCCUCCUACAUACAAGCCUGUUAUCUCCAAUUGGGCUUUUUAAUUACCUUUGUCAGGUUUUAUAGUGCGCGAGCAAGUAUGUUGUAACCAAUGUAAAAUCACUUAAGGGUUCUGUGUUUUUUGUGCCUUUAUCAAAGACUUCAAUAGAAUUUACAGCUCCAGACGAAUGUGUCCUUACAUUAUCUGUACAUGAAUGAUAAAGUAGAAAAAAUAUAGUUUUUACCAUUGUUUCAAUAUUUCACUGUAAUGGAGGAAGGUUGUUCAGCUACAUAUAAGCUUUUGUCAGGCCCUUUAGAAUUAUGAAACAUAGCUAGAUAUCUACUUCUUUCAUGCCAGGAACAAAUGCAGCUGUGUACAGGGUUUACCAAUGUUGCCUUUUUGUUUAUUUGAUUUUCUUAAAUCUAAGAUCUCUUUUAAAAGCUACCAGAGUGAUCAAUUUGACCAGGCUUUAGAUGACCUUUUGGUAUUUUAUUUUUAUUAUUCAACUGAAAUGUCUCCUGGGGCCCUGAGGUGGCUGGGCCUUGCAGGUCUCCCGGGACCCUGACUUGGCUAGCCCUGACAGGUCUCCUGAGGCCCUGAGGUGGCUAGCCCUGGCAGGUCUCCUGGGGCCCUGAGGUGGCUAGGCCUGGCAGGUCUCCUGAGGUGGCUAGGCCUGGCAGGUCUCCUGAGGUGGCUAGGCCUGGCAGGUCUCCUGAGGUGGCUAGGCCUGGCAGGUCUCCUGAGGUGGCUAGGCCUGGCAGGUCUUCCUGGGGCCCUGAGGUGGCUAGGCCUGGCAGGUCUUCCUGGGGCCCUGAGGUGGCUAGGCCUGGCAGGUCUCCUGGGGCCCUGAGUUGGCUAGGCCUGGCAGGUCUCCUGAGGUGGCUAGGCCUGGCAGGUCUCCUGAGGUGGCUAGGCCUGGCAGGUCUUCCUGGGGCCCUGAGGUGGCUAGGCCUGGCAGGUCUCCUGUGGCCCUGAGGUGGCUAGGCCUGGCAGGUCUCCUGUGGCCCUGAGGUGGCUAGUUCAGAAUGUCAUUGAGAAAUGUAGUGCAACAACAUCAGAAGUAAUGCUUGUAAAUUAUCUCUAGGACAAUGCCGAAGUUUAUCCAGUGUUAACCAUUUCCAAUGAAUCCUAUUCAAUGUUCCCCAAUAAAUACUGAGUAAAUGGUUUUAAAAUAUGUGGCACAUAGGGCAUACAUUUAUUAUAUGAUGCUGUUUGUUUUUGUAAAUAGUACCUUGCCUACACCAAAAUGUAACUGGGGAGGUUUUUUUACAUGGGUUGUUCUGUCCCAAGAUUUGCUAUUUCCUGUUAAUACGGUAGUCACCUCUGUUCAUUUAAGUCAUUGUGGUUAUCUUAACUGGUUUCCUAUUGCAACAUAGCCAGCUCUUGUCUCUAGAUGUUGUAUGCCAAAUGCUGGUAUUUCCACUGCACUUUCUUAAUCGAAAAAAACCCAAAGCAUUGGCAAAUAGGCCGUUUACACUGAACCUUACCCAGGUCCUUCCUGGGACAAGCCCUGCUUGCUAGCAGGGUUGGAUUCCUGGGUCACUGGACUCUGAGCCAUUUCCUCGGACUAAAAUCCCAGGUACACGUGCAAUAAUCUGGGAUUUUCAUGUCCGUGGAAAAGGUGUACAACUGUCUUCAGUUUCACAGGGCUCAAGCAGUGAAUUGAACCUUUGCAACAUUAUGUGUUUAGAAAUCAUUCAAAAAGUCUUGCUACUCAGCUGGUUAACCUGGAUGGUUGGUCGUUUUCUGAACUCAGUGUUUGUAGACUAUUUUUGUUUAAAUUUUUUAUGAACAAAACUUGCCGAAUUUGGUUUGAGAGCUGCUUGGUAACAUUAAUUAGAUGCUCAAAUGUAAUGUUACUUUACAGACUGAAUUCGUUCCAAAAGCAACAGUGUUGUCUGUUUCAGACAGCUUCUGCAGUCUACUCCAGUGUUUAAAGAUACAUGUUGGGAUAUUGUGAUCUGAACACUUGCUCAAUGUUUGUUUUUUUAAUGGAAUUAUGUUGGAAUUUUUAGUGUAUAUUAAAUACCUUACCUGAAUUGUCAAAAAUGGGCAAGCCUGCAUGAAUAUGACUUGUAACUUUUCAUUUAAAACCUGAUGCUGUUUUAAUUUAUUGUUUUUGCAGACCAUUUGUGUUUUACUUUUAACCUUAAACUCGCAUAAAUGUUUGCUUUCUUUUUCUUUAAUGUAUCUUGGCAGUUUGUCUAAGCAUCUGAAAUAGGAAUGUGUUUUUAUAUAGUUUACUUAAAGGUGCCAAAAUAAGUGCAGUAAAUUUAAACCUAGUGGAAUAAAUUACGAAUUAAAAUGUUUAGAUUUAAUAUUGAAUUGUUUUACAAAGGCAACAAGUUUGUUUCCAAGUCAUUUGGAUUUUAUUUUAUUUUAUUUUUAAUAGUUUUAUUUGUAAUCUGUGUCACAGUGCCUCUUUUCAAAGUGUUCAAGAAAACAAGACUUAUGCAGUUUCUGUUUGAAAAGUUAGAUGUGAUUACAGCAUUAAGCUUCUCUUUGCUGCACAUUGGAGGACAGAUGUGCAAAAUGCAAACACCAUUAGACUUCAUCACCUUAUGGUAACUAAUGGCAUAUCAGCCCUUCUACCCUUUGCUGGAUCUCUACUGAAGGGUUCAAGUAGAAUGUUUAGACUUUGUUUUUAAAGAGUACAGCAGCAUUCAGAAAUGUAAUAUACUUUUUUCAUUUGACAAGUGUUCAUUAUAUGGAGUGAAAAAUAUUAUUCCAAUUUUUUUUGUUUUUUUUUGUUAGGGGAUCUUUUUCACUCCAGUUGUAGAUUUCAGGAAAAAUAUUACUUGUCUGUUCACUGUAUCAAAACUCAAUGUGAUAUUUUAAAAGGCAUGUGACCUCACCACAUCCUUUUCAGGCAAAAGUUGAAACCUUUUUAAUGUUUCAUAAAAUACAUAUGACAAGGGUACAAGGUCUUUCUAAGUUGAUAAAUAAUGUAAAUAUGUGUCCCCUUCAAAGAAGAGUGAGUCUGUAUCUAGGUAUUUUGUGUCAUUUAAUAAAUAUCAAACAGUUUUGUGUUGCUAAA